AUGGGUCGAGUUUCAUUCGCCGAGGAUACCAAACUGCCUGACGAGACCUACAUCGAAGAGGAACCCUACAAGGUUUUCGAGUACCAAGAUGGACCGGAGAACAAAUCUUGGGCGGGUGCGCUUCCCAUGAAGCAGGGUCUAUACGACCCCUCGUUGGAGAAAGAUGCUUGCGGUGUGGGUUUCGCUGCUCACAUCAAGGGCAAGGCCAGUCACAAGAUUGUCACCGAUGCACGCUCACUGCUCUGCAACAUGACCCAUCGUGGUGCCGUGGGCUCAGACGCACGAGACGGUGACGGUGCAGGUGUCAUGACCUCCAUUCCCCACCGAUUCUUCCUGAAGGAGUUCGAGCGCGAGCAGGGUUACAAGCUACCUGCGCUUGGCCAGUACGCCACUGGUAACCUGUUCUUCAAGCCGGACGCCACAAUCUUGGAUGAGACCAAGGCUAUGUUCGAAGAUGUCGCAGAUCAGCUCGAUCUGAGAGUACUCGGGUGGCGAGUGGUGCCUCGAGACUCUACACUCCUCGGCCCUGCUGCGCUCUCGCGAGAGCCGAUCAUCCUGCAGCCCUUCGUUGUUCUCAAGACUGCUUACGGAGACGCACGGCAGCCCAAGGAAGACUUCGAGAAGACCUACAACGCUGGCUACUUUGAGCGCCAGUUGUAUGUCAUGCGCAAGCGUGCCACACACGUCAUUGGUCUGCACAACUGGUUCUACGUUUGCUCGCUGAGCAACAAGAACAUUGUCUACAAGGGUCAACUGUCGCCUGUCCAGGUCUACGAGUACUAUCACGACCUGCUCAACGUCGACUACGAGGGUCACUUCGCGCUCGUGCACUCUCGUUUCUCCACCAACACAUUUCCCUCGUGGGACCGCGCACAGCCUCUGCGAUGGGCAGCUCACAACGGUGAAAUCAACACGUUGAGAGGGAACAAGAACUGGAUGCGCGCUCGUGAGGGCGGCAUGAAGUCCAGCCUCUUCGGCGAGGAGUUGGAUCUUCUGUACCCUAUCAUUGAGGACGGUGGCUCUGACUCCGCAGCUUUCGACAACGUUCUUGAGCUGCUCAUGAUCAACGGUGUCCUGUCUCUGCCCGAGGCAGUCAUGCUCAUGGUUCCUGAGGCAUGGCAGGGUAACCACACCAUGGAUCCGGCCAAGCAGGCCUUCUACGAAUGGGCUGCUUGUAUGAUGGAGCCAUGGGAUGGCCCUGCGCUCUUCACAUUCUCCGACGGUCGUUACUGCGGUGCGAACCUUGACCGUAACGGUCUGCGACCUUGCCGUUACUACGUCAUGGAUGAUGACCGCAUCAUUUGCGCGUCUGAAGUCGGUACCAUCUCCAUCGACCCCGAGCGCGUCGUUCAGAAGGGCCGCCUGCAGCCCGGAAAGAUGUUGCUGGUCGACACUGUCGCUGGACGCAUUGUCGACGACGCCGAGCUCAAGAAGACUGUCUCUGAGCGCAACGACUUCAGCGCAUGGAUCGAGAAGAACCUCCUCACUCUGCCCAAGAUCCUCAAGACUGUUGGCGAAAAAGGUCUUGACCUCUCUCACACACUCACAGAGUCUAAGCUUCAUGAGGAUCCUCGUCUGCGAGCAUUCGGUUACUCGCUUGAGCAGAUCAGUUUGCUGCUUGGUCCCAUGGCUGCCGACUCCAAGGAAGCUUUGGGUUCCAUGGGUAAUGACUCCCCUCUUGCUUGCUUGGCCACACAGCCUCGCCUGCUCUAUGAGUACUUCCGCCAGCUCUUCGCGCAGGUCACCAACCCUCCCAUCGACCCUAUUCGUGAGGCUAUUGUCAUGUCUCUUGAGGCAUACGUUGGUCCUCAGGGUAAUCUAUUGGAGAUGGAUGAGUCUCAGUGCCACCGCAUGCUUCUACCCUCGCCUGUCCUCAAUCUUGAGGAGUUCACAGCUUUGACCAACACCCAUACACUGCACAGCGGGUGGUCAGUCAAGAGUAUCGACAUCACUUUCGCUAAGAGCGAGGGUGUCGAGGGCUACAUGGCCACUCUCGACCGGAUCUGCGAGGAAGCGUCUGAGGGCGUCAAGAAUGGUGACAGCAUCAUUGUUCUAACCGACCGCGCCACUGCCAAGGACCGUGUGCCUGUCUCUGCCUGCUUGGCUACUGGUAUGGUCCACCACCACCUUGUCCGCAACAAGUGGCGUUCCAACGUCGCUCUUGUUGUCGAGACUGGUGAGGCCCGUGAGGUUCACCACAUGUGUGUCCUCGUGGGUUACGGAGCUGAUGCCAUCAGCCCUUACCUCGCCAUUGAGUGCAUCUUGAAGAUGCACCGUGAGGGCGUCAUCCGCAAGAAGCUCAGCCCUGAGCAGCUCAUCGAUAACUACAAGCACUCUUGCGAUGGCGGUAUCUUGAAGGUCAUGUCCAAGAUGGGUAUCUCCACUCUACAGUCCUACAAGGGAGCUCAGAUCUUCGAGGCGCUUGGUCUUGACGACUCUGUUGUUGACCGCUGCUUCACUGGUACCGCCUCUCGAAUCAAGGGUAUGACUUUCGACCUCAUUGCCCAGGACGCAUUGGCUCUUCACGAAAAGGGUUACCCCUCCCGUCCCAUCGUUGAGGUCCCCGGUCUAGCUGAGACUGGUGAGUACCACUGGCGUGAUGGAGGCGAGCCUCACAUCAACGACCCCACUGCCAUGGCCAACAUCCAAGAUGCCGUCCGUACCAAGAAUGAUAAGUCCUACGAGGCUUAUUCUCUUGCCGAGUACGAGCGUAUCAAGGACUGCACUCUCCGCGGUCUCCUCGACUUCAACUUCGACGACCGCACACCCAUCCCCGUCGACCAGGUCGAGCCAUGGACAGACAUCGUGCGCCGCUUUGUCACUGGUGCCAUGUCUUACGGCUCUAUCUCCAUGGAGUCUCACUCUACCCUUGCUGUCGCCAUGAACCGUCUUGGCGGUAAGUCUAACACUGGUGAGGGUGGUGAGGAUCCUGAGCGCAGCUUGCGCAUGGAGAACGGUGACACCAUGCGUUCUGCUAUCAAACAGAUCGCCUCCGGACGUUUCGGUGUUACCUCCAACUACCUGGCCGAUGCUGAUGAGCUUCAGAUCAAGAUGGCUCAGGGUGCUAAGCCUGGUGAGGGCGGUGAGCUUCCCGGCCACAAGGUCUCUGGAUCCAUUGCUAAGACCCGCCACUCCACUCCUGGUGUUGGUCUCAUCUCGCCUCCUCCUCACCACGACAUCUACUCUAUUGAGGAUCUCAAGCAGUUGAUCUACGACCUUAAGUGCUCCAACCCGCGCGCUCGUGUUUCCGUCAAGCUGGUUUCCGAGACUGGUGUUGGUAUCGUCGCCUCCGGUGUUGCCAAGGCCAAGGCUGAUCACAUCUUGAUCUCUGGCCACGAUGGCGGUACAGGUGCCUCUCGAUGGACCGGUAUCAAGUACGCCGGUCUUCCUUGGGAGCUGGGUCUCGCCGAGACUCACCAGACCUUGGUCCUCAACGACCUCCGUGGUCGUGUCAUCGUCCAGACUGACGGUCAGCUCCGCACUGGACGUGAUGUCGCCAUUGCCUGUUUGCUUGGUGCUGAGGAGUGGGGUUUCGCUACCACUCCUCUAAUUGCCAUGGGAUGUAUCAUGAUGAGGAAGUGUCACUUGAACACUUGCCCUGUCGGUAUCGCUACCCAGGACCCUGAGCUCAGGAAGAAGUUCGCCGGUACACCCGAGCACGUUAUCAACUUCUUCUACUACAUUGCCAACGAGCUUCGCGCCAUCAUGGCUAAACUUGGCUACAGGACCAUCAACGACAUGGUCGGUCACUGCGAGGCUCUUCGCAUCCGUGACGACCUUCGCACUCCUAAGACUGAGAACAUUGACUUGUCAUUGAUCUUGACUCCUGCACACACGCUCCGCCCUGGUGUUGCCACCUUUAACGUACGCAAGCAGGACCACCGUCUCCACGUCCGUCUCGACAACAAGCUCAUCGCCGAGUCCGAGCUUGCUCUCGAGAAGGGUCUGCCUGCCCGCAUUGAGUGCGAUGUUGUCAACACCGACCGUGCUCUGGGUGCCACACUCUCCUACCAGGUCAGUAGGCGCUACGGCGAGGCCGGUCUGCCCCAGGACACCAUUCAUGUCAACAUCCGUGGUUCCGCUGGUCAGUCCUUCGGUGCUUUCCUCGCCCCGGGUAUCACUCUCGAGCUCGAGGGUGACGCCAACGACUACGUCGGUAAGGGACUGUCGGGUGGUCGCUUGAUCGUCUACCCACCGCGCACUGCCGUAUACCGUGCCGAGGAGAACGUCCUGAUCGGUAACGUCUGCUUGUACGGAGCCACCCAAGGUACUUGUUUCUUCCGCGGUAUCGCUGCCGAGCGAUUCUGUGUCCGUAACUCCGGUGCCACAGCCGUCGUUGAGGGUGUUGGUGACCACGGUUGCGAGUACAUGACUGGUGGUCGUGUCCUGGUUCUCGGAUCUACCGGUCGCAACUUCGCUGCCGGUAUGUCUGGAGGCAUUGCUUACGUUCUUGAUGUCCACCAGGACUUCGAGCAGAAGGUGAACCAGGAGAUGGUCGAGCUCUCUCCCAUCGAGGAGCCCGAGGAGAUUGCAUUCGUCCGCGGUCUCAUCGAGGAUCACCACCACUACACUGGCUCCGAGCUCGCUGCUCGUAUCCUUCUUGACUUCACACGCGCUCUGCCACGCUUUGUCAAGGUCAUGCCUGUUGACUACAAGCGCGUUCUCCUCGAGGAGAAGGCCAAGGCCGCUGAGAAGAAGCGCUCCGAGUACCCUCUGCCUCUUCUCGCCGGCAAUGCCGUCCGCAACGCCCACGAGGAGUCCCGCAAGAACGAGCACGAGCACGAAGCGAAGGAGAAGAAGAAGGCUGAUCUCCUAGACAUCGAGGAGAGUGUCCUUGACGCUAAGGCUGAGAAGAAGAAGGCUCUGGUUCUCGACAAGACCCGCGGUUUCAAGCUGUACCAGCGCCGCUCUGAGAAGUACCGCAACCCCAAGACCCGUACUCGUGACUGGGCCGAGCUGUCUCAGCGCCUGAACGAGGACGAGCUUAAGUACCAGACCGCUCGUUGCAUGGACUGCGGUGUACCCUUCUGUCAGUCUGACACAGGUUGCCCCAUCAGCAACAUCAUCCCGAAGUGGAACGAGCUUGUCUUUCAGGGCCAGUGGCGCGAUGCGCUCAAUCGACUUUUAAUGACAAAUAACUUUCCAGAAUUCACUGGUCGUGUCUGCCCUGCUCCUUGCGAGGGUGCUUGUGUACUAGGCAUCAACGAGGACCCCGUCGGUAUCAAGUCCAUCGAAUGCGCCAUCAUCGACCGUGGUUUCGAGAUGGGCUGGAUGGUGCCUACGCCUCCCCAGCACCGUACUGGCAAGACCGUCGCUAUCAUCGGUUCUGGCCCUGCUGGUCUAGCUUGCGCUGAUCAGCUCAACAAGGCUGGCCACACAGUCACUGUCUACGAGCGCGCUGACCGCUGCGGUGGUCUGCUCAUGUACGGUAUCCCUAACAUGAAGCUCGACAAGAAGGUCGUUCAGCGUCGCGUUGACUUCCUCGCCGCUGAGGGUGUCACCUUCAAGACUGGUGUCACGGUUGGCGAGGACGGCUCUGAGACCCUCGAGUCUCUCCGCAGCCAGUUCGAUGCUGUUGUCUUCGCCACCGGUGCUACCGUUGCCCGUGACCUGCCAAUUCCCAACCGCAACCUCGAGGGCAUUCACUACGCCAUGCAGUUCCUGCACAAGAACACCAAGUCCCUCCUCGACUCCGAGCUUGCUGAUAACGCAUACAUCUCUGCCAAGGACAAGCACGUGAUUGUCAUCGGCGGUGGUGACACCGGUAACGACUGCAUUGGUACCUCUGUUCGCCACGGUGCCAAGUCCGUUGUCAACUUCGAGCUGCUGCCCCAGCCUCCAGCUCAACGUGCUCGCGACAACCCAUGGCCUCAGUGGCCUCGUAUCUUCAGGACCGACUACGGUCACAACGAGGUCAAGACUCACAUGGGCAAGGACCCUCGCGAGUACUGCGUCAUGUCCAAAGACUUUGUCAGCGACGGAGCCGGCAACGUUAAGGGCAUCAACACCGUCCGUGUUGAGUGGACCAAGUCUGCCUCUGGCGGUUGGGACAUGAAGCAGGUCGAGGGCAGCGAGCACUUCUUCCCUGCCGACCUGGUCUUGCUCUCCAUGGGUUUCCUGGGCCCUGAGCAGCGCGUGAUGAACGACGUUGUCGAGCUUGAUGGCCGAAAGAACAUCAAGACACCCCCUGGUCAUUACAACACCAACCUUCCUGGUGUCUUCGCUGCUGGUGACUGUCGCCGCGGACAGUCCCUGAUUGUCUGGGGCAUCAACGAGGGCCGCCAGUGUGCUCGCGAUGUCGACACUUUCCUCACCGGAUAUGGCUCUCAGCUUCCCGUCACCGGUGGUAUUGUCAAGCGCUCACCCCUCAUGAACACCGGCGCCAAGUCAGAGAUUCCGGUUGCUGCAUAA